AUGCUUCGGUACACGCAUGGUGCAACUUACGUGGGAAAUGUGCACUGGGCAGCGGUGCUUGAGAGCAUCUCGGAGCUGAGAGAACACUACGAGGAGAGAGAAGGGGCCAGUAUGACGAUGCCUACCGGUACGAGCAGCAACUACAUGUCGCAUACCUCAAGUGCCGGCCCUCGGCUAUUAUAUGCGCCUGUGCAAGCUACCAAAGCUGAGAUUUUGACCUCAAUACCAUCUCGGCAAGUGGUGGACCGUAUGGUAACGCGCUACUUCAAUACGCAAUAUAAUGUAUCGCUACCUGUGCUUCAUAGGGGUCGUUUUCUCCGAGAGUACGAAAAGUUCUGGCAAGCCCCAGCUUCGGCAUCCAUGCUAUGGAUCGGCCUUCUAUUUAGCAUCAUGGCACUUGGCACCCAUUUACAGUUGUGUACAGAUGACCAGCCAAGCUCUGACAUAACAGCUCGUGCCUAUGUCUUUCGUGAGAGGACUAUCCACUGUCUUCGUCUUGGCCAGUUUACCCGAGGAAAAGAGGAUGUUCUUGAAACGAUGCUCAAUUAUCUCUUUCUCGAGAUCUUACUGUGUAAGGACGCCGACAAUGGGCUCUGGCUCGUGUUAGGCAUGAUCGUACAACUCGCCCUGAGUCUAGGAUACCACAGGGACGCCAAAAACUUCUCCAGGUCCAAAAUUUCGCCAUUCGCCGGUGAAAUGCGACGCCGUGUCUGGGCUGUUAUCGUGCAGACAGAUCUGCGGCUGUCAAGCCAGAUAGGCUUGCCACGCCUUCUCAAGCUACACCAAUGCGAUACAGCCGACCCUCACAACUUGCUCGAUACGGACUUUGACGAGACUACUGUCGAGCUUCCACCCUCUAGGCCCGAAAGUGAAGUAACGCCGGUGCUCUAUGUGUUAGCAAAGAACAGAAUCGACCGCCUAAGCGACCUGAUUAGCAGUUACGUGAAUAUGGCUGACAACGGGGAGCAUGCGUAUGCCGAGACGAUCGAGCUGGACCGAAAGCUGCAACAAGGAAUAACCUCACUGCCUGCCAUUUUCCAGUGGCAACCUGUGACUGUCAGUCAGUCCAUGAUGCUGUCGCCACAGAUUAUUGCGCACCGCGUGUUGUUUCAUCUCUCCAAGCAGCGUCUCACGAUCUGGCUCCACCGGAGAUACCUCGAACCUCCCUAUGUCGACGCUCAGUAUAGAUACUCACGGAAUGCCUGUGUUCAGGCUGCUAUGGAGAUUCUCCAGCUCCAGAAACUGAUAGACGAAGAAACGUAUCCAGACGGGCUGUUGUACUCGGUGCGAUUCCUGGUCGUCACAUCACUCGCGCAGUUUGUCUUCCUCUUGGGCAUGAGUAUUCUCAGCUAUUAUCUACAGCUGCUCAAAAUCCAGCCUGAUGCUGCGUCCUUACAGAAUGAGCCGGAUGAGAACAGGAAAAAAGAUGAGAACGAGAAAGAAAUGGUCAUCGACCAGGACCAGGACGCACGAGUCGCCAGAAUCUACAGCCUGCUGCGCGACUCACACUCAAUAUGGCUGCGGUCGGGUAGCGUAUCACGGGAAGCCCGGAAAGCGGCUAAGCAUUUGAGCCUUGUACUGGGUCUGCGGGAACAAGAAGAAGAUUUGAGCAGCGUGACAACGACGACGACCGAAUGCCUCGCCAACUAA